CGACUAUCAGUCUAGAGCUCACCGCCUGACUGAGGAGGUGAAAGUUGCGCUGCGGGGAGAUAAACCGCAAAAAAGACAAUAUUGCGUGUGUAUAUGCGCGGCUUUUUGCRUCGGAUGAGCGGUGCGGGGGGAUUCCUCGCGUUGGAGAAAAAGUAAACAGGAGGAGAGACGGGGGGAAGAAGGAAAAAAAAAAUAUUGGAUUCGAGUUUUGCUCAGUACCGGUGGGGUAGCCUAUACACAGAGACAAGCAGCAGAGAGAGGGGGAAGAAUAUCUGCGCGUGUUUUUUUCCACUUCUGCUCUCAGUCGUCUCGGCGAGUCUAGACUGAAGAUGCUCCUGGACGCAGGACCGCAGUACCCCACGAUAGGAGUCACUACUUUCGGCUCCUCGCGGCAUCACUCAACAGGCGAGGUGGCAGAGAGGGAAGUGGCGCUGGGGAUCAACCCGUUCGCGGAUGGGAUGGGCGCCUUCAAAAUCAACCACAGCUCUCACGACAUUGGCUCUGGACAGACGGCGUUUUCCUCCCAGGCGCCCGGAUACGCAGCCGCCGCUUUGGGACACCACCACCACCCGACCCACGUCGGCUCCUACUCCACGGCGGCGUUCAACUCCACCAGGGACUUCCUGUUCAGAAACCGGGGCUUCGGGGAUGCCGCCGGGGCGCAGCACAGUCUCUUCGCCUCCGGAAGUUUCGCAGGGCCCCACGGACACUCGGAUGCAGCCGGGCACCUGCUCUUCCCGGGGCUCCACGAGCAGGCGGCGGGCCACGCGUCGUCCAACGUGGUCAACAGCCAAAUGCGGCUGGGCUUCUCGGGGGACAUGUACGGCCGGGCCGACCAGUACGGCCACGUCACGAGCCCCCGAUCCGACCACUACGCGUCCACCCAGCUGCACGGCUACGGCCCCAUGAACAUGAACAUGGCCGCGCACCACGGAGCGGGGGCCUUCUUCCGAUACAUGCGGCAGCCCAUCAAGCAGGAGCUCAUCUGCAAGUGGAUCGAGCCGGAGCAGCUGAGCAACCCCAAGAAGUCGUGCAACAAAACUUUCAGCACCAUGCACGAGCUGGUGACCCAUCUGACGGUGGAGCAUGUGGGGGGGCCCGAGCAGACCAACCACAUCUGCUUCUGGGAGGACUGCUCCAGAGAGGGGAAGCCGUUCAAAGCCAAAUACAAACUUGUGAAUCAUAUCAGAGUGCACACCGGAGAGAAGCCCUUCCCGUGCCCGUUCCCCGGCUGUGGCAAAGUGUUUGCCCGAUCGGAAAACCUAAAAAUUCACAAAAGGACUCACACGGGGGAGAAGCCGUUUAAGUGUGAGUUUGAAGGCUGCGACAGACGCUUUGCAAACAGCAGUGACCGCAAGAAACACAUGCACGUGCACACGUCGGACAAGCCGUACCUCUGCAAAAUGUGCGACAAGUCCUACACACACCCCAGCUCCCUCCGGAAACACAUGAAG